CCCCGCCCCGCCAUGGCCGAGCCGGGCCCCGCCGCCUGCCUGCUGCUGCUCCCGCUGCUGCUGAGCCCGGCCCCGGCCGGCGGAGCCGCCGACGACACCGAGUGGGUCCGGCUGCCCAGCAAGUGCGAGGUGUGUAAGUAUGUGGCAGUAGAGCUGAAAUCUGCCUUUGAGGAAACUGGGAACAAGGAGGUGAUUGACACAAAGUAUGGCUUUCUAGACGGAAAGGGAUCUGGAAUCAAAUAUACGCAAUCGGACAUCCGACUGAUCGAGGUGACAGAGACCAUCUGCAAGAGGCUGUUGGACUAUAACCUGCACAAGGAGAGAACGGGCAGUAACAGGUUUGCAAAGGGAAUGUCAGAGACGUUUGAAACCCUGCACAACCUGGUGCACAAAGGGGUGAAGGUGGUGAUGGACAUCCCCUAUGAGCUGUGGAAUGAGACCUCUGCUGAAGUGGCUGACCUCAAGAAGCAGUGUGAUGUGCUGGUGGAGGAAUUUGAAGACGUGAUUGAGGACUGGUACAAGCAUCACCAGAAGGAAGACCUGGCUCAGUUUCUCUGUGCGAACCAUGUGCUGAAAGGGAAAGACACAAGCUGCCUGGCAGAGCAAUGGUCUAGCAAGAAGGGAGAUGUAGCAACCGCGGGGGAGAGGGCAAAGAAAAAGAGUGGCAAGAACAAGAAGGCAGCAGAGAGGAAAAAGAAAAACAAGAAGACGAAGGUUGAGGAAGCAAAAAGCCCCCUGGGCCCAAGUGCUGAAGGGAGCCCUGAAGAGGAGGGGGAUUUCCAGCCGAAGGCUUCCCUUGCGCACAGCCCAGCUGACGAGCUGUAGUCUCUCGGACACCGCGUGCCAAUUUGCAGCCCAUGGUAGGGACAGCGGACGCUCUGGACACAUGGGAUAUUGGAUGUGCUCUGGGCAUCGCAGCAGCCAGUUGCCUCACAAGACGGUGACCCCUUAUUUACUGAAGGGAAAUAAAUUAGAACUCUUCUAAUUUAUCGCUCCAAGGGUGGCAGCCUGUUCCUGCUGGGUGGAGAUCUCGCCAUCGCUAGUCAGCAUUACCAUGAGCAGCGGUGCCACAUGGAUCACAGAAGUGGAGUAACAGCAGCUGGCAGAGACCCCUGCACAUGCAGGGCAGCUGGGCUGGACAGGAGAUGCCUCCUGAGUAAGUGAGGUUGUUAAACUCCUCUUAAUGCUCCCUAGACAAUACAGAUCCUGCCUUUAGCGAGAGAGACCUUCCACCCUCUGCUCUUCCCCUGCUGCCUCUUGCCCAGCUGGAGUGUAUUGAUGAGGGGUCUGGAAGUGGUAGAAAGGAGGCUGGUUUGCUCACGGCGGAGCCCCUGGCUUUUGUCUGAGCUGCCCCCAGGGCAGGGAAUUUGGCAGUGGCUUGGAAGGAGAGUGGCUUCUGCCUGGCCAGCCUGGCGGGUUUGGACACACUGUCUGUUCCACAAAGGCCGGGCCCAGUCCUGCCCUCCCCUACGCCAGGCAGUCCCACUGAGCUUGCUGGGGUCCCACAAUGAGUUAUCCUCCCGCUCUGCAAGCUUGCUGCCCACCCCUCUCCCAUAGGACCAUUCCAUUCAGGGGCAGCCAUUCCAGCUUCCUGGAAGCCUGUGGUUCCUGCUGUUGCUGCAGAGAGGGCCCUUCCCCCAUCUGCUAAUGUCCUUUCCAUUCGGUCUAGCCUGUGCUCCCUGCACUGGCUUUCAUGCUCCCUGCUGCACUAUGGGCAGCAGCUCCGUGCUUUGCAGGGAGAGGCUCCCUUGUGUUUUAUGCAGUUCUUUGCUACCUGUUGGCGAUUUUCUCUUAAAGUGCCAGUAGAUGUCAAGUAUCAGAGGGGUAGCUGUGUCUGUCGCUUUGUACAGAUCCAGACUAAGAGUCCUGUGGCACCUUAUAGACUAACAGACGUAUUGGAGCAUGAGCUUUCGUGAGUGAAUACCUGCAUGUGUCUGACAAAGUGGGUAUUCACCCACAAAAGCUCAUGCUCCAAUACGUCUGUUAGUCUGGAUCUGUAAAAGCAGCAAACAGACGUAUUGUAGCAUGAGCUUUCGUGGGUGAAUACCCACUUCGUCAGACACAUGCACAUAUUCACCCACGAAAGCUCAUGCUCCAAUACGUCUGUUAGUCUAUAAGGUGCCACAGGACUCUUUUUAGUAGAUAUUAACACCCUCCCUGUGGGGUGCAGGAGCAGGACCCACUAUGGCCUGCAGGGCACCCAGCUAACUUUGAAUGCAGUCUUAGUCCCUCUUGCGUGUGCCCAGGAGGCUUCCAUCAGCUCUUCCUGCUCAUUAAAGCACAUGGGGGACCCUAGCCUGGGAGUGGGGUAUAGUCUGGUCCAGUGCAGCCAGGCUGCCCUGUGAUCUCAGCACUGCAGCUCACUGAGAGAGCUGUUCUGCUAGAAGUAGAUAUGUUUCUGAGUGCUCUUGUGUCUCACGAGCUCGAUCAUGUGUCAUGGAAUAUUCCCAGGUAGUGAGACUCAUUGGUCUGACCCUGCUUUUCAGGCUAGUGAGCGACUGUUGGUUCCCUCCGCUAGGCAGGGCACCAUACUCCAGGCACCAGCACUGCCAAUUCUUGCCACUCUAUCACAGGUCUCAUGAUAUUUGGUGUUUUCUUUAAAACCUCAGCUCUUGGCGUCAUGGGGUUAUGAGCUUUAGAAUGAAGCUGUUUCUAGCCCUCAUGGCUGCAGGGGACAGCUUGAAAGUGUCACCAGAGUGUGACCUGAAAGGCUCAGAAAUCAAAGAAAACCCCAAAUGUGUGUUUUAAAAAAAAAAAAAAACAACAACAAAUCUUGUGAGGAUUGUUGGGGGCUAGCCCCUGGGUUCUGAGUGUGGGGGGCUGGCCCUACCUCUGAAGCGCAGCCCAAAAGGCACAAUUGGAACUAAGUUUAGAAUUAUUUUUAAGCAAGGCAGCUUUAUACCACUUCCUGCUGUGGAGUAAUCCUGUAAUGCAAUUGACUGACUGCAGCAGGAGUGGCGGUGGGUCAGUACGACUGGGCAUGGGUGACAGGGAGGAAUGAAUGAGAAUAUAUGUGUGA